AUUAACUCCGAGGCCCAUUAAGAGACUAAUAAUCAGCUAUUAGGUGUAGUAGCAGUAAAAGAGGAUCGCGCCACCAUCACGAAUCGCGAGUUUGUGAGAAGACUACGACAAAGGAUUUGGCGAUGACGCUGCCUCCAGGUCUUUACUCCGGCACCAGCUCUCUUGCUCUUGUGGCUCGUGCUUCGGCUUUUAGCGUGGGCCUCGUCUACGGGAGCAUGAAGCUCAAGUUCCUCAAGAUGACGAAGCCACACAAGGUUGAAGCUAAUGCUCAGCAUUAAACCAUUUUUUUCUCCCUUUACAAUAAAGAUGAGGGGUGAGGUCAUGUCUCCCCCUCCCAGUUAUCAAUUUUUCUUCUUUUCGUUAUUCAUCUUUCAGCACUAAAAGGAAACAACUUUGUGUCUGUUUAAAGCUUAUUAUACGGUUCUUAAGACCUUUUUUUU